AUGGCGGCAACUCUGCGUCAACUGGCGCGCCCGGCCCUCAGCGCACCGUCAAAACAUCUCGCCGCUCCAGCGAUAACAUCUGGUCUUCACGACAAGCAACACCACAAGCACCGCUUCCUCCCAGCGGCCUCGCGCGCGACAUUCUUCAACCUCCCGGGCAACCCACUCGGUCCUCCGGCUCCCGCACAUCUCACUGCCCGCCGUCGCCUGCCGUACCAAGCCUCGGCGCUGUACGACAUCAUCGCCGAUGUGGACUCAUACGCCUCGUUCCUGCCAUAUUGCACACACAGCCGCGUGACGGCGUGGCGACCUGGCCCGGACGGCAAGCAGCGCUGGCCCGCGGCGGGGGAGCUGACGGUCGGCUGGGGCCCCGUCACCGAGACCUAUACCAGCCGGUUGUACUGCAUCCCCGGCCGGGUCGUCGAGGCCGUCAGCGGCAAGGGCACGCCGGGGAUCUCGCCCGCCGAGGCCAAGGAGUACGCGAUCGAUCUGGAUGAGGUUAUACCAGGCACCAAGGCGUCUGUGGGUGGGUUGUUUGAGAGCCUGGUGACCCGUUGGACUGUUACGCAGGAGGAAGGGAUCAGUGGGUCGAGGCCCUGGGCGGACGUCGAGUUGUCGAUUCGGUAUCAGUUCGCCAACCCCAUGUACCAGGUUGCGACGGCCAGCGUGGCUAAUGAGGUGGCCGGGGUGAUGGUUAAUGCGUUUGAGAAGAGGGCCAAGGACCUCCUUGGUCCAGACAGGCGUUGA